UUUCUUCUAUUAAUUAUUUCGCUCUUGACAAAGUAAGCAAUAAUUGAACUAACCAGCGCAGUCUUUGGUUGUAACGGAAAACCUGUCAAGCAAUAACAACAAUGGAUCAAACAACGGGAAUAAUCGAGCGAGAGUUUCCCAACGCCGUCACAUAUGAUGUCUCGCAGCCGGAUAAAGUUACAGUUACACUCCCCCCAAAAUCAACAUGGUCAAGCGGCCUUCACUGGCACGAAACACACACAGAAUACCUCAAGGUGAUCAAGGGCAGCAUCAAAGUGCGCCUGGGGGAUACCGAGCAAAUCAUCACAGCUACUCAAGAGAACCAGCCAGAACUCAAAGUUGAGCGCUAUGCGUGGCAUGAAUGGCAGCGGGCGGAGCUGGAGGGCGAUGAAGUUGUAGUGGUUGAGAGGACGGACCCAGCGGAUGGUGAAAAGGCCAUAUUCUUCUGGAAUCUCAAUGGGGUCAUCUUGAAUGCUGGAAGGGUCCUCAACACAAACGUGCCUGGAUUUUCCUUCUUUCCGGCGUCAAUAAAAGACUUGAUCAUCGACUUUUGGAUCAGACUCAAUCUGUUUAUCAUCUUUCACUCUUUGGACAAUAUUCCCGUCAUUUUGAGUACGACGAAGUAUUGGAACGGAAAGGCAUCGCGGGCAAAGACUGGCUUGUCGGCAGACUGGUUUGUGUCUCACUUGCUGCUGUCGCUCGCUUCUUUAAUCGGUCGUCUUUUUGGACUGCAGGCUGUGAGGGCAGAAUAUACACCUCUAUCGAGCUACCAGCGCUGGCAGGAACAUCACAAUUUUGAUAAGUCGAAGUAAUAUUUUGGAGCGUUGUAUUUUAUUGAACCGUUAAAGCGUCUGCAAGUGUUGAUAUAUAUAUAUACAUAUAUAUACAUAUUUAUGCCUGGGUCUCUCAU